AUGACUACUACGGUUCUCAGCUUCAUUCAGUCCACUCUGCGCAUCUGGCUUGACUUCCCUGCUGGUCCCUCCUCACUUCUGCAGGCAACCUUUGUGCAACACUUGCUCACCGUGUUCCGCUCUACGGACAUACUCCUUCUGGAUGGUGUCUGGGAUGUGUAUAGGUAUCCCAAGGCCUCUCUUAUCCCUGCUGCCGACCACCGCCGCUCCACCAUUACGCGCGCGCAUUUGGACCCAUUCCACCUCGACCUCCUUACACUUCCUGUCAUUGCGCACCCCAACUCUGCAGAUGCGCGUGCCGCUGUUCAGGUGUGGUGCCUUGAUGACCAGGACAAGCGUCUGCCGUUCCGUGAGCUUGCCGCAGGUCGUCGCGCAGCCAGGUCACCCAGUGGCCCCUUCCAUCCUGCCAACUUCAACAAGGAAGGUGUGAUUGCAAGUACUCUCAUUAUCCGUGGUAUCCUCUUCAGCUGCGCCGUUACGCAUGAAGAGCCCACCUUCUUCCAGGACUUGCAGUCCUUCAACAACCUCGUCGCUAAGUGCCAGUCCUCUGACGACCCUCGCAUUUCCAACCCCCUCUAUCUCUGCAACCAGAUGGCGUAUGGCUCUCGCAUCAGCGGACGUGGGCUGGACUUAGCGGAGAAGUACUUUGCAGUGGAGUCACACUUCCGCAUGGUCUUUGAGUCCAAGGUUCCUUAUCUGAAGGCGCGCGCGGAGUUCCUUGCCAGGAAGAAGAAAACUUCGCAGAAGCUCGUUCCCCAGGUCGGCCCGCUCAUUGCUACCUUGCUUGCAUCUGACUAUGUCUAUGUGGACAAAGUGGAGAUGCCGACGGUGGAUGAGAUGGCAGGUCUUGUCAGUGGGUUGAAGGCAGGUGCAUGGUCAGGUUUGGAGCGUCUGGAGCUGAUCUCUGGCAGUGCAAGUCCAGAAGAUGUUGUGCAGGCAUUCAAACUUGCCUACAACUAUCUGGACUCUGCACUGUCUGAGGAGGUGAAGAGGGACAUCAAGUUUGAUGUCAUCAUGGUGGAGCAUACCUUGUGCAAGGUGAAGCGUUGGGAUAACAACUAG